AGUGUUUAGAGUUCAGACAGUGCUAUUUUCUGUGUUUUGUGGAAACUAACCUCCUCUGCUCAACCGGCCGCCUUCCACCAUCAAACACCAUGUUCUUGCGCAUCCUCCUUUUUACGGUUCUCUAUGUCAUCACCGCCCACUUUCUCCACAAGAUCCGACAGCUCCAGCCAUACCCCUUCCCGAUUCUACCCAUAAUCGGGCAUCUCAACCUCCUCAAUAAACCCCUGCAUCGUUGCUUGUCCAAAAUCUCAAAUCGCUAUGGCCCAAUAUUCUUCCUCCACCUAGGUUCUCGCCACAUCCUCGUCGUGUCAUCACCAGCCGCCGCUGAAGAUUGCCUUAGCAAAAACGACAUCGUCUUCGCUUACCGUCCCCGAAUUCUCGCCAACAAGCACCUAGGUUACAACUACACCUCCCUUCUAUGGGCCCCGUAUGGUGAUCACUGGAGAAACCUGUGGCGUAUCUUUUCAAUCCAUAAUUUCUGCACAAAUCGGCUCCAGUUGCUCACCAACAUCCGCAGAGAUGAGGUCCAUUUGCUGCUCCGGAAGCUGUUCAAGAAUCAGGGUCAAACAAUUGAGAUGAAACCCAUGUUUUUCGAGGUGACAAUGAACGUGAUGAUGAGAAUAAUAGCUGGGAAGAGGUAUUACGGUGACAGCAUGGUUGAGGUGGAGGAAGCUAUGACAUUUAAGAAGAUGGUUGUAGAAUCAUUUCGAACCGGCGGUGAAACAAACGUGGGUGAUUUUUUACCGGCAUUCAGGUGGAUUAGCAAUAACGAAAAGAAAUUAAUAGAGUUGCAGAAGGAAAGAGAUAAAUUUGUGCAGGAAUUGGUAGAUGAAUGUAGGAAAAAAAUGGAGGAGGAGAGUAAGAACUUGACCCCGAUUGAAGCGUUAUUGUCUCUUCAAAAAACAGAAUCGGAACAUCACAAAGCCGAGGACAUCAAAAGCAUGAUCUUGGUUUUGCUCUUAGCCGGAACUGAUACAUCAGCCGGAACAAUGGAGUGGGCAGUGUCUCCUUUGUUGAACAAUUCAGAGGUUUUGAAGAAGGCUCAGGCAGAAAUUGAUGAUGUUGUGGGCAAGAAUUGUUUGGUUGAAGAAUCAGAUUUGAGUAGGCUAUCGUACCUUCAUUGCGUCAUAAAUGAGACUCUCAGAAUGUACCCAGCAUCUCCAUUGUUAUUUGCUCAUGAAUCGUCGAAAGAUUGUGUUGUUGGAGGAUUUCGAAUUCCUUGCGGCACAACAUUGUUGGUGAAUCUAUGGGCAAUACUCUGUGAUCCAAAGAUUUGGAAGGAGCCGAAAAAAUUUAAGCCGGAGAGAUUCCAAGGAUUGGAAGGAAAUAGGGAUGGAUUCAAGUUCAUGCCCUUUGGGUCGGGGAGGAGGGGAUGUCCGGGUGAAGGGCUGGCCACGCGUGUGGUGGGGUUGACAUUGGCGUCACUAAUUCAAUGCUUUGAGUGGGAGAGGGUUGGAGAGGAAAUGGUGGAUAUGGCGGAGGGGACUGGUCUCACCAUGACCAAGGCCCAUCCUUUGCAGGCAAGGUGUCGCUCGCGUCAAGCCAUGGUGGAAUUGCUCUCUCAAACUUAGAAGUCUUAAACCAGAUUGCCCUUACUUUUGUGUGUUUGUAGUACAUGCCUUUGUUUUCCCCCCAUCAAUUACUCUGUUGUAUUUUACAAAAGUCCAAGGAAAUUGAACAUAAAUAAAAGUUAAUAAAACAAAAAUGUAAUG